AUGGAAGCACAUAUGUCAAUUCAAUAUGACCUUUUUGAGAAAUUGAAGAAGGCGGAACUGAACUUCCGGAAGUCACCAAAGGAAAGAAUUAAACCAUCAUAUAUUGAGACUCGUUUAGAGAAUUUGGAAGACUUAUGGAGAGAAUUUAAAGCUGGUCAUCGGAAGAUUAUUGCUUCAAUAUCUGCAGCGGAAAAGUCUAAGACUAAGUAUUUCUCGGAUGAUUUAUAUGAAGAAUUUGAGGAAUUCUACACAACGUUUAAAUGUGUCUUAAAAGAUGCCUGUGCAACUGUACCUAAAAGCAAUAAUAAUAUUCCUAGUGUAACUAAAGAAGAAGUGAAACUUCCCACCAUACAACUACAAACAUUCAGUGGAAAGUAUGAAGAUUGGCAAGCGUUUCAUGACAUGCACAUUUCUAUUGUUCAGAAUAAUGCAUCUUUGAGCAACGUUGAAAAGUUUCAUUACUUGAAAUCCAGUUUAACCGGAGAAGCUGCAACUUAUUUGAAUAAUUAUGCUACAACGGAUCAAAAUUAUUUGGAAGCCUGGAAACAAUUAGUGAAACGUUAUGACAAUAAGAAAUAUAAUGUCAACACUGUUAUGAAAAGGCUUUUUUCACAAAAGAAGAUAACACAUGAGAUUUCAACAGGAUUGAAGAGUUUAAUUGAUACUACAUCAUCUUGUUUAACGUCACUUUACAAUAUGAAAAUUAAAACAGAUAAUUGGGAUACAUUUAUUGUAUAUUUUGUUGUUACUCGGUUGGAUGCGGAAACUCACAGAUUAUGGGAGAAUCAUGACAGCCAAUUGAAUCCAGAGGAAUUGGCUACCUGGACACAACUUUUAUCCUUCUUGGAGACAAGGUUUAGAACUUUGGAAAAGUUUGAAGCUGUAAAGCAUACACCAAAGUCUCAGCAGGCUACUCCCGUCGUUAAACAUAAAUCUUUUCACAGUUCCAUUCAACGUAAAGAAUCUGUUGACAACAUUUGUGCAUUGUGCGAAGGGCCACAUUUUAUAUACAGCUGUAAAAGCUUUCUCCAGCAGCCAGUAAAUGCCCGUCAGAGCACAGUAGAAAAUAAAAGAUUGUGUUUCAAUUGCCUCUCAUCUACCCACACUGUUAAGAAAUGCCGCCAUUCAACCUGCUGUAAGAAAUGUGGAAGGCGACAUCAUUCGCUGCUUCAUCGCGAAAGGGAUAAUGCGCAAGAGAAUCUUACGCAUAAUCAGCACUCACAGAACCAAGAGAGAUCAUCCCCAUCAAACUCAUCAACUGAGACGAAGAUUUCAGCCCAUUUUCGAAAGUGA